UUGUAUCAGUGCAUUCUGGACAUUGCUUCAUUGAUUUCCCUUUGCUCCAGCUGGUACAGUGGCCACAGCUUUGAUUUCUGCUCCUCUCUUAAUAACAGCCAGUGCAAUUGCGUUGUAUGAUUUAUUAUUUAUUUUAAUUUAAGAGAAUGUCAGAAAGAGAGGGACUCAGGGCAGACUCGACCCACUUCACUUUAGGGGGAGCACCAUUUCUGAUCCUGGGAGGCUCCAUUCAUUACUUCCGGGUCCACAGGGCACACUGGAGAGACCGGCUGCUGAAACUGAAGGCCUGUGGUCUCAAUACUCUCACUACGUAUGUGCCAUGGAAUCUGCAUGAACCUGAAAGAGGAGUUUAUCUGUUUCAGGAGCAGCUGGAUUUGGAGGAGUACAUUCGUCUCGCAGGGGAAUUAGGCCUCUGGGUGAUUCUGCGUCCAGGGCCAUAUAUAUGUGCCGAGUGGGAUCUGGGCGGUUUACCAAGCUGGCUGCUGCAAGAUAAGAAAAUGAAACUAAGAACGACCUACUCUGGUUUCACAAGUGCUGUGAACUCGUACUUUGAUAAUCUGAUUCCGAGAAUUACACCCCUACAGUUUAAGAAUGGAGGCCCUGUUAUUGCUGUUCAAGUAGAGAAUGAAUAUGGUUCAUAUGCGAAGGAUGAGCAAUACCUGUCGUUCAUCAAAGAGGCGCUACUGUCCCGGGGAAUCUCUGAGUUUCUUAUGACAUCAGAUAACCAUGAAGGAUUAAAAUGUGGAAGGGUGGAUGGAGUCUUGCAGACAGUGAACCUGCAGAGAUUGUCAAAUGGUGAUGUACAGCAUUUAGCAGAAUUGCAGCCGAAGAAGCCGCUGAUGGUGAUGGAGUAUUGGUCCGGGUGGUUUGAUGUCUGGGGAGAACCUCAUCAUGUUUUCACUGCGCAAGAAAUGAUCUCUGUAGUGCGAGAGCUUCUGGGUCGUGGCAUCUCCAUCAACUUUUACAUGUUUCAUGGAGGAACCAACUUUGGAUUCAUGAACGGCGCAGUUGACCUGGGCACCUACAAGCCACAGACGAGCAGCUACGAUUAUGAUGCUCCAUUGACUGAGAGUGGUGAUUAUACAACCAAGUAUCAUCUCUUGAGAAACCUGCUGAGCACCUACAACAAGGAGCCGAUAUCAGAGCCGCCAGCUGUGCAGAGCAGAAGAGCAUAUGAGCCAGUGGUUGUUUCUCAUUACAUUUCUCUAUGGGAGAGUCUUCAGUGCGCAGAAACACAUUUCCGAGCUGAUGAUCCUGUCAGCAUGGAGAACCUUCCAGCAAACCACAACAAUGGUCAGUCCUAUGGGUACACACUCUAUCAGACUGACAUUUAUUCAGGUGGAGAACUCAACUCAAGGAACCAUGUUCAUGACAGAGCUCUGGUGUUUAUUGACAGAGAACUGAUUGGUGUUUUCGACUAUAGAACUCAGAAAGUUAAAAUAUCUCACAGUAAGAGUGAGAGGACCUUGAGUUUGCUUGUUGAGAAUUGUGGGCGAGUGAACUAUGGUCCAGCCCUGGACAACCAGCACAAAGGGCUUACUGGUGAUAUAACUCUGAACGAUGUACCUCUAAAAAAGUUCUCCAUGUGCUGUUUGGAUAUGAAAACCAGUUUCAUAAACAGACUGCAGUCACUGAAAUGGAUGUCUGUCGGUCAGAAGCCCACCUACCCUGCGUUUUUCAGGGGAACCCUGGUAGUGGAUCAGCCCACAGAUACUUUUGUGAAGCUGCCGAAUUGGAGUAAAGGAGUGGUUUUUGUGAACGGGCAAAAUCUUGGACGCAACUGGUCGGUUGGUCCUCAGAAAGCCCUCUAUCUUCCCGGUCCCUGGCUCAAGAGUGGAGAUAAUGAGAUUGUUGUUUUUGAGGAACUCAAAGCUGCGGAAACAAUCAAUUUUGCUGAAAAUCCAGAAUAUAGCAAGACAGUCGAAGUAUCUACACAACUGUUUUGCACCCUUCUUUGAAACACACCUGCAGUUUUACAACGUAUCUCUUGCUAACAUCCAUCAAAACAGCAGAUCUGAACAUAAAUUACUUGAGGCAAGACAAAAGAGUGAACAUUUUGUAAUAGUACAUCACUUCCCCUUUUGCUUUAUUCCGGUGUAUUGAGAAAAUUGUUUUGCAUUGCAAGUUUUCUGAAAUGUUAUGUUUAAAUAUGUGAAUGAUGCAUUAUCUAAUUAUGUGCUAAUUUGCAUACAUUUCCUGAGCAGAAAUCUAAACAUUGGAUAAAACCAGGUUUAAAGUUCUUGUUUUAUUUUGUUGCCAUAUUAGAGUUGAAGAAUUUU